AUGUCGGACGAUCAGCCCCGCAGAAGUCGGCGAUCCUCCAUCUCCGAGCAUAUUCAGCGCGUCUUUAAUGUGGAUCGACUGGAUAAGGUAAAUGAACUCCAUCCUUUCUCCCCUGCAUUUGCAUUUGACCUUGUGUUAACCUGCCCGAAGAAACGCGCGAGCGAUGGCUUUCAGGCGGAUCAGGCGAGGAACGCUGCCUUGGUACCCAAGUCCGAAAUCACCAUCGGCUUCGACGUCGGUGCUGGUGCCGGCAGCACUAUCGCUGGCGAAACCAUGCCCAGUUCUUUGACACAUUCCUCUCGGAAUUCUCGCCUGCCAUCCGUCAGUACGCCGGGUUCAAGUCCCCCAGUGCAUCCAGUGCGGGUUCAAGAUGAAGACCCCAAACAACCGGCUUCAGAUAUGAGUACCCCUAAUGCUAAUACCAAUACCAACACUACCAACAAUGCGAGUACCGCCGACAUAGAUCUCAUCUGCAGAUCUCCAACCUGGGAGAAAGACGUCAAUCGCAAAGAACGACGCGCCACCAAGCGACUCGAGGCAGAGCGCAAAGAGCUCGAAAAGCGCCUCUCUCAUCUUGAAGAGGCCCAAUUCAAAUUAGAUCAAGGCAUCUACGACAGAAAUUCUCGCCGCUUGACGAAAAAGCAACCUCUAGGCAGCUCAACCCGCUCAUCAAGUGCCAAUACCGAAAGACCCAGAUCAUCAAGCUUCACCUCACUUUUCUCCUCCAAGCGACGAUCUCGAUCGCGAGCGAGUUCAAUGACUGGCAGUGAUAGGGAAUCGCGUAGCUCGAUCGAGAAUGGACCUCCAACACUCCCCUUAACGCUGCCUGAACAGUUCGGUACUGCCGUCUCUCGUGAACUCGCAACCCGCCACGGAACAAGUCUGGUACCGUCGCAUCAGAUGCCUCGGACGCUGCACCACACUACGGCCAAGUCAGAUGAUCUUCGUGAGAACUGGAAGGUGGCUGAAGAAUGGAAGGAAAAGAAUGGAGGCACGGAGCCAAAGAACACUGUGACAUCGAGAAGGGCAUCAUUCAGAUCAAAAUUCACAAGGUCGGAUAAGCAUGCUCCCAAUGGAUCCUCCACUGGCUAUCCCCCCAGUAAGGCUAUGGCUACACCUCAUCCAACUACCCAUGCACAUUCGCAGGCGACGGAACUAUCUGCAGAUCUCGACCGCGAUUCUUUCACCGCAGCACUUCGAGUCGAGAGAAACGCGCCAGGCGUGGCAAGCAGAAACCACAACGUAUCAAUUCCUAAUGGUUCCCUUCCUCCGCGGAAUCAGAGCCCGAGAAAUACUGCACAGCUUGAAGCUUGCCCACCAGCUUCAGUCAUAGCGGCCCGUCAAGCAAACAACGCGCUACGUACUCCCCCAGAGAACUCUCCCACUCAAACUAGCCCUAAGGCUUUCCAUGGCUCGACAGCGAUAGCCGCAUCAACACCGGGGAAUUUCCCAAAGAAAGGCCGAGUCGAUAGUAGUCCAAAGACCUACAAGUCCUCUCCUCUGGCCCUGAAUCCCUUCACAAACAAAGAUGUCGAUCAAAAGAAGGAGCGGUCUUCAAAAUCUGCAACACAGCCCGCUGGUCAUGGUCAUGGCAAUACGACGCCGUCUCGUCUCCCCGAGGGACAAGGACAAGGACAAGGACAAGGACAAGGACAGAGAGAACAAGGUCGUUUGAAUACGAAUGGCUUCAAGAAAUCAAGCCCACCAACCCACCCAGUGGCGGACCAUUUGGUCACUGCCAAAAUGCAAGCUCCUGCCACUUCCCAGCACCAACGCCCAGCAAGUGAAAAGUCAAAAGAGAACCGGCCUACGAGUGUAGUCUCACCCGAUCCGAAAGCCGAACAUAUGCAAAGAGAGGCAAAUAUGUCCCCUCUAAUGGUUCCGCCACUGAAACAUUCUGGCAGACGGUCCACGAUCAUCACGCCGGGGAGCCUGAAGUCAAACAACGAGGCACAGGGGGCACCAAUCGUCGUGGCAGAGACACAGGAGGCAUCGGCACUGGCACCGACACCAGCACUCGAUCAAGUGAACUCGAAGACUGAUUCCACACGCCGGGUCUACCAACUCACGGACGGAGGUCCAGGCAAUACCUCUAUGCAAAGCAUACACCGACCGGGACAUAGUCGAACAUCAUCGCAUUCAUCAUACGGGGGAUCGAGCUACGACACAGCAGAUGAGGAAGUUCUGGAUAUAUCCAAAGCUCAUACAAAAAUGAAACCUCAGCCCUCGUCACCUCAGACCUCGCCUUCUGAAGCCGCCAAGGCCCAAGCUCAAGCAUCCAACUUCCAAGCUCCAAAGUCCCCCAACACAAACCCACCCAUGAGUACUCAAUUGCAAGAUACCGGAACAAAUGGAAUAACCAACUCAAACGUCCAUUUCCCCAUUCCCAGGACAAAUCCAAAUCCACCCCUCGUCCCGGACGGUCCAAUCGCAAUGAUGAGAUCAAAUCUAGUCCAACGCACAAAAAAGCCACUAAAGGACCAAGUCCUCGCAAAACUAUUCGUCAUCUGCUGCUCUUGCAAAUACUGGCAUGACAUGCCGUCGGAGAUAUACGCCCGACUAGCAUGUCCAGAGCGCCUCCCAUCCGAGUCUCGUCUCGUUCGCACGUUUUCUCGCAAAAGUUCUUCGCGGCGGAACUCGAUUUUCUCUUCUUCUUCAGAUCCGUCGGGCAGGGGACUACCGAGUCAAUUAAGGGUGCAAAAUCCUUUGAAUAAGGGUACUGGCGGUGGUGGUGCUGAGAAUUGUAGUCCCGAGAAGCUAAAUGGAAAUGACAAUGGAAAUGGCGCUUCUGCGUUGGUGCCUGUUCAAUGCAAUUGGUGUGGACAUGGUAUGACCAGGGCUUGUUGCCAGGGGUGGACUACUCUUGUCCAAAUGCGCGACAGACAUCACUAA